AACGAGUGGCAGGAAGAUGAAGAAGUGCUAGUCAAGACUUUCUCUCAGCCUGUACAAGCGCGGCCGGCUCUCCGUCGCCAUGCCCAAGAGGAACUAUCGUUGCUGGGCAAUUCCCCUGUGGUGAUCCCUAGGGGGGCAGAUCAAAACAACGAGACUACAAGUUUCCCGAACAUUUGCCCUACCGAAUAUUGUGACCCGGAAACAUCCCGUUGUUUUCUGUUAAUCAAUGCGCGUUCUAUUGUAAAUAAGAUUCCUGACCUAUACUUCCUACUUCGGCAGAUGCCUCGAGCUGUGUUUGUUACUGAAAGCUGGUGCAAGCCCAACUCGAUACAUGAUGCCACUUUAAGUUACGACUCUAGGUAUGAGAGUUGUGGUGGGGUUUUGGCCCUUAUUCAUAAAGAUGUUCCGCACUCCUUCCUCAUUGAAAAAGACUUCGGUACGUCAAUACAAGCAUUAGCACUAGAGUUUGAUACUCGUGAUGGCAAGCUUAUAGUAGUCCUUGCCUACCGUAGCCCAUCAUGUUCUUCCGUAACCUUUUCAGAGUUCAUAGCUUUCCUUCAGGAGCUUUUAGAAGAAUUCAGUGGCCAUAUUAUCAUACUUGGAGAUUUUAAUUUUCCACUGAUCGACUGGGUCACUAUGACCCACAGAGGUAAUAUCUCCACUACGUCGUCUCUAUCUUUCCUUACUUUUGCGAAAUCAUUCGGCCUUGAACAAAUGGUUACUAGCCCCACCCAUGGUCUCAACAUUUUGGAUAUCGUUCUAGUCUCGGAUCCAAGGAUUCUUGAGGGCAUGUGCAUCCUUCCCCCCUUUAGUACAUCUGAUCACAAUGGUAUCGGAUUCAACAUCGCUGGUUUCCAUCCAAUCUCCGCACACUCAAAUAAAUACCGGUGCUUCUCUAGGUGCGAUUAUGGUUCAGUAAUAUCUGCGCUUUCCAAAAUUGACUGGGUUGCAUUAAACAGUGCUUCUUGUGACUCAAACAUGUUUUAUACCGAACUUCUAAACAUAUGCCACAGCCUAAUAGAUGAGCAUGUUCCGCUUUGCAUGAGCAGCUCGAAGAAAGCUGAUAAAUUCCCUAAACGAGUCUACUUCCUUCAUUCUCAAAUCAAACGUUUACAUUCCCGCAGCUCCGAGAGCAAUCGCAAGCUAGCUACAUAUACAAGGAGGCUAAAACGCGCACUUCUGCGGCAUCCAAUUACGAGUGGAAAAGAGAUUAGCACUGUGCAAGAAUAG